GGUGACCAGGGAGAGGGGAGAGGGGACCAGGAAGAGGGGAGAGGGGACCAGGGAGAGGGGAGAGGGGGCCAGGAUGAGGUGAGAGGGGACCAGGGAGAGGGGAGAGGGGACCAGGGAGAGGGGAGAGGGGACCAGGGAGUGCCAGGUGCGUCCCCUCUUCCCUCUCACCUCUCUUUGCUUCCCUCUCCCCUCUCCCUGCUCCCCUCUCCCCUCUCCCUACUCCCCUCUCCCCUCUCCCUGCUCCCCUCUCCCCUCUCCCUGCUCCCCUCUCCCCUCUCCCUGCUCCCCUCUCCUCUCUUCCUGCUCCCCUCUCCCCUCUCCCUGCUCCCCUCUCCCCUCUCCUUGCUCCACUCUCCCUUCUCCUUGCUCCCCUCUCCCCUCUCCUUGCUCCCCUCUCCCCUCUCCUUGCUCCACUCUCCCUUCUCCUUGCUCCCCUCUCCCCUCUCCUUGCUCCCCUCUCCCCUCUCCUUGCUCCACUCUCCCUUCUCCCCGCCUCGACAUUUUUAG